AAAAGCGUCUCACAGCGCUGUGCAAAGGGCAGCCCCGCGACGCGCGGCGCGCGCCACCGAGGCCGCAACCAUGCCCCUGCUCGACGAGGAAGAGGCCGCAACCAUGCCCCGCGACGCGUCCGACGGGGAAGCGGCUGCCCCUGCUCCUGCAGAGGCCGACGCGGCGGCCGAGGCGGAGCGCGAGCGACGGGCAAAGGAAGAGGACGAGCGACGGGCCAAGGAAGAGGAGGAACGACGACGAGUAGAGAAGCAGCGCCUCCUGAAGGCACGAGCGGCCGAAAUCGUGCGCAAGGAACGCAUGUCGAAGGGUGAUGCCGCCGAAAGAUUUCGGGAGACGUGUCGCCGGUCGCAAGAAGACUUGAGGAGGAGUCGCCAUUCGUCGGUGGGUUCGCGGCCGACGACGGCGCCGAGCCAGGCGUCGUCAGAUCAUCAUUUGACGGACGUCGGGAACAAGCUUGGGAUCUCCCCGAGCGAAGUCCGAGAAAUGAGGGACGUCUUCGACUUGAUCGACAAGGAUGGGAGCGGAGAAAUCGACUUUGGGGAGAUGCAAUCUCUGAUGAGAUUAGUAGGUAUGGACUCUUCAGAUGAAACGGUCAAAGUUAUUAUGUCUGAAGUAGAUGCCGAUGGAAGCGGAGAAGUGGAUUUUGGGGAGUUUUGUCAAACUAUUUUGAGGCCUACCAUGUCGAAAUACACGGUGUAUGAGGUGCAGCAGGCCUUCGAGGAUCUGAGGCGAGGGCUUAGUCACAAUCAUUUAGAUGGGUCUUCUCGGAUCCAUCGGGAUACUCUAUCUUCAGCUCUGCGGAACUUCGGGCCCAAGCUUCCAAGGAGUGAGGCGGAUCAAGUAUGCGACGACCUCAACCCGGAGGCGAACGGAGACAUUGAUUAUGGGACCGUGCUGCGGAUGCUCGACCCGGGCCAUGUUUUGUAAUACUAUUCACAUUAUACA